UUACAAAAUUUUGUUUUUUCUUCCUUGUGUUAUGCAAUUUGUUUUUUUAAAGAGCCUAUACUCACAAUUGUACUGCAAGGCUCACCAUGUACAGAACAAUUUUCUUCCUAUCAUUACUACUUCAGGUACUUACUCAUCCAAUAAAUGAAUCAACUGAUAUUAAAAAUGUUGAGAAAACUUUGGCGCAUACGUUAAAUAAUAUUGUAGGUGGUUGUAAAGCGGAUUCGCUCAACAUUGACAAAAUAAAGAUAUGCACUGAGCUUAUAUCAAAAAUGAAGGAAUCCCCAUGCCAAAAUCCGGUCCUUCUCGCGUUCUGCGGCCUCCAGCCGUCCAAGGCCUGUCCGUACAGCCACCACUUGUUUGGUAAAAAGGGCCUCCCCGUGGCUGACAUGUUCGGCUUCCAGCGUAAACCGAGCCUUUUGGAUCCGUUGGGUCUAAGGCCUAAAACGUUCAACCCAAUUAUAACGAGGCAAAAGCAGAGACGCCUUUUUGAAGGUCUUCUCAGCUGGGGCAGCGGAACGACCGCGUUGUCUGUACACACUUUAAAGCAAAUAAUUUCAGAUGUUAUUCAUAUAAUGGCCAAGUUGGCGGAGGAUACGAUGAAAAGUUUUGAUUGAUAUAUUUGCCACCCUUAUUACGCAGAUUGACGAGUUCAUCACCGAAAAAGGGAAGCACAUCAUAAGCGGCUUAAACCGUAUGGUCAAUGGAGAUUACUAAAGGCGAUUCAUUUUCUAUUUAUGUUUCUAUAGAUAUGUAUAUUUUCUACUUUUUUGUAAAUAAAACGUUUUAACAUUC